AUGUUUCGUUUCGCUCAGAACUCUCAUCCCUCCUUGAAGAAUGCGUUCAACAAAAUCAACAACUGCAGCCGAGGUCAAGGCUCGUUGUAUCAUCAGUCGAAUCGGCCUAGAAAAAUUUCGGAAUUCAAUAUUUUGACUCUCAAGAGUGCUUGUACAACGGACUGUGUUCCUCUUGUUGUUGCUGCAUCAUCCAUACGAUCUUUUAGCACUUUUAAUGGAGUAUCAAAUAACGAGCAUAAUAAUAAUGGAAAGAAACGAAAUUUUAAAUCCUAUCGGAACCCUAAUGAAUCAUUUUAUAAUUUUCGUGAAGAACGAACCAUGUUAUCGGGAGGAAAGCCAACACUUGUUGGAAGUAUUUUAGGGAUUGCUUGGAAAAUUAUUACAUUUCCUUUGAAAAUUAUCUCAUUGGCAACCAUGGGAGUUGUAUUCUUUAUUGGACGACUGGUACUAUCAAAAGUUCUAAAGAAGGAUUUAAAACAAAUGGAACUCAUGUUUACACGAAUGACAUUGAAAGAUGCAACACCUUUAAAAACAUUCUAUCGAGCAGACUCUUCCAUGGCAUCACCUCCUAGAUUCAUGGAUCCUUUUACCCAACAAUAUAUUGAAGUGGAUCCUAUUUUAGAGAAAUGUUUGAGAUUUGUUGAUAAUGAUCAUGUGGUUUAUGAACGUCUUAAGGCGGAAACGAUAAAGCAAAGUGGUAUGAAGGAUUCUUUCAGUGUCACACUGAUGGACGCAAAGGAAAAGACAGAUCGAGAUUUGAAUCCUGAAUCGACUGCAAAACUCUGCUUCCUCAAUUCUUCUUAUUUAAAGCUAUUAACAGAUGUUAAAAUGGCUAACGCUCAAUCCACGCCUGAGGGGCUCAUCAGACGAGUACCUCUAUUUAUUAUGAAGAAAUUGUCAGAGAAGGAAGCAAAAGAAGUGAAUACUUUUGAACCAAGUAAUGAAACUCCCAUUCAUAAUGAGCAUAUUGAGGGUUACAAGUUUGUAUUUGUAGCACAUUUAGACAUUUAUGCCUCCUAUGUCAAUGGCCAGUGGCAAGAUUUCCAGAAAAUUGAAAUUGUUGUUGAGGAUCAAGGCACAGAAGAAUCAGAGGUUCUCUUGACCUUUGAAGAUUUGUCCAUGAGCGAACAUGAAUCAACUUCGUCGUCAAGUGGAAGAAUUAUGGAUGCUGAAUUUGAAGAGAAGAAGUAA